UGCCGCUUCAGUGGCAACACGUCCCUGUUUCCACUCGCGCGCGCUCUCCACACCACGCGCUCGCUCUUCUCCAGAAAACCCACAACCAACGACACGGAUUUAAGCGUGGAAGCUUCGUUAAAAAUGCCCUUAGAAAAUCGGUUGUCGUGAAGGGAAGGGGAGCGAGCGACUUCUGGCAGACGUCCGUGCGUAAAGGUCGGCACAUCGGAGCAGGUGCAUGGAUGGAGAGGACGACCAGCAGCGAUGGAUCUGACGCACGGAUGAAGUGUGGCAGUUGAAGUCAUCAGGAAGUGAGGAUUCCAACAAACCGGAUAUAGCAACUCUGCAAUCCAUCUAAAACACCUCCAAACAACUGCUUAUCACAACCUUAAACUUUUUUCUACAUCCAACUAACAAUGUAACCACCAUUCUACAUUCUAUUACACCCCCGUGCACUACAGAUUACAAAGAUGGCUGUCGAACAGUGGCCCUUCCUCACCAGCCUCCCCAACAUCUCCUUCCCUGAAUCCCUAAUGUAUGAUGGUUACUUCCUGGACAAUAAUUCAGACUACAAUAUGACGGAGAGGGUCAACAUUCACCAGGACACCACCAGUUCGGUUGUAAUUACGUUCAUCUAUUUCGUGGUGUGCACCAUCGGUCUCUGUGGCAAUGCACUGGUCAUUUACGUGAUCCUACGCUAUGCCAAGAUGAAGACAGUCACCAACAUCUACAUCCUGAACCUGGCAGUGGCUGACGUUUUGUGCAUGAUGAGCUUGCCAUUCAUCGCUCUGCAGUUAGCUUUGGUGCACUGGCCCUUUGGAGAGGCACUGUGCCGGGUCAUCAUGAGUGUGGAUUCUCUCAACCAAUUCACCAGUAUUUUCUGCCUGAUGGUUAUGAGCAUCGAUCGCUACUUGGCUGUGGUCCAUCCCAUAAAGUCUACAAAAUGGAGGAAGCCGCGUGUCGCCAAGCUGAUAAAUCUGACCGUGUGGGGGGUCUCGCUCCUGGUGAUCCUGCCCACCAUGAUGUUCAGUGGGCUGGAUAUUGUUCCGGUGUGUGGGAUCGUCUGGCCAGAGCCUCAGGAUGUCUACUACACAGCCUUCAUCGUCUACACUUUCUUCAUUGGGUUCUUCAUCCCCCUGGCGGUCAUCUGUAUGUGCUACCUGCUCAUUAUCAUCAAGGUGAAAUCGUCAGGCAUGCGUGUGGGCUCCACCAAGCGCAAACGCUCGGAGCGCAAAGUCACCCGCAUGGUGUCCAUCGUGGUGGCCGUGUUUGUCCUCUGCUGGCUCCCGUUCUACGUCUUCAACGUCACCUCGGUAACCAGCUCCAUCAAGCCCACCCCAGUGGUCAAGAGCACCUUUGACUGUGUGGUGGUGCUGGGCUAUGCUAACAGCUGCGCUAACCCCAUCCUGUAUGCCUUUUUAUCAGACAACUUCAAGAAGAGCUUUCAAAAUGUUCUGUGUCUGAAGAAAGUGACUGGGUUGGACGAAAUAGAACGCAGUGACAGCAGGGCAGACCGGAGUAGAAUGGUGCAUGAUGCUGUUAUUAUUGGCGCUAACUUGGAGACUCACAAUGCGUCCUUGUUAAAUGGGGAAUUGCAGACUAGCAUUUGAACUGAUGUUUACGUUGCUGGACAAAUAUGGAAUAUGAUGUAAUGAUUCCUACAAAUGGUAAAGUCCAAACCAAAACCAACAAUUUUCAAGCAGGCUACUAUGGUUCACUGAGUCCCAUUCAAUAUUGGGUUAGUGAUGCAAUGUUCUGUCAACUUUGCACCAUGACCUUGAGUAAAACAAUUUUCAAUACUGUAUGAGGAGCUAAUGCCGAAUCUUAGCAUUAAUGUGCUCUUGCUACCUAGCAGCAAUGAGAAGUCACGGCCAACUUCGGGGCAGAAUUCAUAUCUUCAUGGAUUCUAUUGGAUUGGGGAAAUUCAGAAGGACAUUCAGAAAGUUGCAGUUCUUGGGACAUAACCAGAUUAAUUCGCCAAGUCAGUUCAUACAGCUCAGUGGAGAGGAGCCAAGGAAAACAGCUGUUCUGAAACUUUGUGAUAUGAAGUGGAAGUCAUUAAUAGAGAGCAAAAAUUGAUAAUGGAGGAGGAUGCUGCUGUCAUUGUGUCAUAAAAUUGUACAUUGACUUCAACAUUGAUGAAAGAAAGCGGUUCUGGCCUUGCACACAUGGAAACCUGUACAUAAGAAAUAUUUUACUCAACUUUACAUUGACUGAUCUUUUCAUUACUUCUAUAUUGUAGCUUGCGUAUAUAUAAAGACCAUGAGUGUGCUUCACUAAUAUUGGCAUCUUUGAAUUAAGAAAAUAGACAGACACAUCAAUUAAAGGAUAUUAUCCAAAAGAGCUUUAAGCCAUGCUAUAAUUUGUUACCUCCACCAAAAUAUCGGAGUUGUGUUCUGUUUCAUUCGCACAUCUCUUAGUGACCCUUUAUUAUUAGUCUACAUCUCCAAAGCUCAAUAAGCUCUUUUUCACCUUGUGAUGUCAUCAAGUUGUAGUUUUCAUGCUAACAGCUACCUUUUACCUUUAGUUCUGCAGAGAUCGACAAUUCCAGGUCUGAAAUCUUCCAAAUGAUUCUAGUGAAGGGGUAUAGAGUUUAAAAACACUUCCUGUGUUACCGCAUGACAUCACAGAUUGCUUUCAAUUUGAGAGGAGAAAACAAAUAAGCAACAAACCUAAAUAAGCAAGAUUUGUGUGUUAAACAUGUGUGGCAUACAAAGUAAACUGUAAAAAUGAUCCUAGAUAUAUGAAGUUUGAAUAAUAGACCCUUUUAAGAGUGACACCUUUAGAAUAGCUAUGCACAUGUUCUGUCUAAAAAAACAAAAAAUAUUCAUUUUGUUUUAUUGUAAAUACAUUGGAGCCAACAUAUGGAACAGACUUUUUUGAAUACAGGUGUUGUUGUUUUUUGUUUUGUUUUGUUUUUUACAGAAAAUGUAGUACAUUUUAAACUGCAGUGUUCCAAACUAAUUCCUUUCUUUUUUAACACAGUCCUAACAUUACCACAAUAAAUGUGUAACCUUGUUUCAGAACUUUUCAGGGGUAAAGCAGACUUUUAAUGUUAUAGCAUAGCUAACACAAGUAGUGCACCAGCAAUAAAAAUGGUUUAUAAUUGUUGCAUAUUACGGUCUGAUUUGGGCACAAAGAGUUGCUUUUACAGUAUCUGCAUACAGUAAUCUAAUCAUUUUGAUGCAUUUUGUGGACAGUAAGUUUUACCUCUAUCACCACCACUUUCUUCAAAGAUGCCACUUGCUACACUGUGAUAUUAAAGCAUACUAUACUAUACUAUACUAUACUAUACUAUACUAUACUAUACUAUACUAUACUAUACUAUACUAUACUAUACUAUACUAUACUAUACCUAUAUGUGCACCACUGUAAAAUAAGCAUUUCUGCUGGGUAAAUGCUGUAUGAAACUUUUUUUUUUAUUAUUUUUACAGUCAGUAGGGAUAGUGAGCUUGGCUCUACUCCUCCAUGGAUUAAGACAUCUUCACAAGAAAUAAGAUAUGAAAAAAGGGUACAUUAAAUAACACAUUAGAGAUCACAGUGGGGGAGUUCUCCAGGCCAUACGCUCAAAAUAUUUGAUCACAUAUUCCUGUGAAUGGUCCGUGUUAGUUUAAUAGCACUCAGCUCUAAUGAGGAGAAAUGGUGAGAUGUGUUGAUAAUGCAGUGUUAUUUUUAGUGUUGAUUCUAUUUUUGAAAAUACAGCCACGAAUAAAACAGACACUUAAGAGUC